AUGAUGUAUGCGGCGAUCGUCGAAUAUUCACUGAUCGCAGCCGCAGUGAUGUACAUCGUAUGGAAAAAUAUAGGCAGAGUUCACUAUAGCUCAGAGUACGUGAAACGGAAAUAUCAUAUUCGAAUGGAUUGCUCAAACACAACAACAGCCCACGUCGACAAGAGUGACAACCAUGAGGCGAAGGACCAG